UGUUUAGUCCCAGCAGCUCAGCUUCCCAAUCAGGUGCUGAGGGAUGAUUGUACUGAAUGCUGAACUAAAGUCUAUGAACAGCAUUCGUACAUAAGUGUCUUUAUUAUCCAGGUGGGUGAGGACUAAUUGAAGGGCUGUGGCAAUGGCAUCGUCCGUGGUGCGGUUUGGAUGAUACGCAAAAUGUAGGGGGUCCAGUGAGGGUGGUAACUGGGUCUUGAUGUGCCUCAUGACAAUUUUCUCAAAGCACUUCAUAACGAUAGGUUAUAGCUACGGGACGAUAGUCAUUGAGGCAGGACACUGUAGACUUUGGGACGGGGACGACGGUGGGCAUUGUAGGGGGACUUGAGGCAUGUAGGAACAACAGCACUGCUCAGGGAAAUGUUGAAGAUGUCAUUGGAGAUAUCCCAUAGCUGUUCUGCACAUUCUCUGAGCACCCUGCCAGGAAUGUUAUCUGGUCCAGCAGCCUCCUGUGGGUUAACUCUGCAAAGAGUUCUUCCCACGUCAGCCGUGGACAGACAGAGUACCUGGGGGACGGAAGGUCUUCCCUGCUGUUACGUUGUUCUGCGCUUCAAACUGAGCAUAGAAGUUGUUCAGCGCAUCUGGAAGGGAGGCGUCACUAUCACAGGCAGGAGAAGCUGUCUUGUAGUUCGUGAUUGCCUGUAGGCCCUGCCACAUAUGCCAGGUGUCUCCGCUGUCCUGGAAGUGGCUGUGGAUUGUCUGGGCGUGUGUGUGCUUUGCCUCUCUGAUGGCUCAGGACAGUUUGGCCCUUGCUGUUCUUAGGGCCGCCCCGUCCCCUGUUCUGAAGGCUAGGUCUCUAUUCCUCAGCAAUGAACACACUUUAGCAGCCCUCCAUGGCUUCUGGUUGGAGCGUGUGGUGAUGGUCUUGGAGACGGUCACAUCAUCAAUGCACUUGCAGAUGUAGCUGGUCACUGAUCCCGUGUACACCUCCAAGUUAAUGGUGUCGCCGUUGGUUGCAGCCUCCCUGAAGAUGUUCCAGUCAGUGCACUCAAAGCAGUCCUGAAGAGGUGGCUCCUGAUGGCCAGGUUUUCACCUGCUUCAGAACCGGUGUAGAGUCUGAUUAUUGGUCUGUAUGCUGGAAUUAGCAUAACAGUUUGUGUAAACAAGAUUCAGCAUGUCUUAAGCUCUCGUAGCAAAGUCCACUUACUGGUGGAACUUAUGGAGAACUGACGAGAUUUAAAUUAUUGAAAAGCCCAGCAUGAUAAACAGUCCAUCGGGGUGAACAUUCUGUAGAUCGCUAAUAGCCCCAUAUAGCUCACUUAGCAACCCUUUAGCAUUAGCACUGGGGGGAAUGUAAACUCUGACAAUGUCAACAGUGGUGAAUUCCUGUGGUAAAUAAAAUGGCCUGCAUCUAACAGUCACAAACGCUACUGAUAAUGAACAGUAAUUAGAAACAAGCACAGAGUUCUUACACCAUUCUGUAUUGAUGUAAACACACACACCGGCACGAGUCUCAGUGUUGAUGUAAACAUACACACCACCACCGCGAGCCUUACCGCACAGAGCUGCAUUUCUGUCGCCUCUAAAUGAGGUGAGCCCGUCUAGCUGAAUGGCGGCGUCCAGAACGUCGCUAAGCCACGUCUCUCUGAAAACAAAGACUCGGCAUUUUCUAAACUCUCGCCGUAUAGUGCAUUCGAGUCGGAUGUGGUCCAGUUUAUUGUCCAGGGAGCAAACAUUGGAGAGUAGAACGAACGAGAGAGCUGGCCAGCUAGGGUUAGCCUAGCACGGACACCCUCCCGCCUCCGCUUCUUCGCGCACCACUUUUGGCGUCCCAUCUCCUGGUCCCCGAUAUCAGGUGACGCAGAGGACUGGAGGCCUGGUCUCCUCAACACGCUGAGGUUGCUUCAUGAAGCCUUUCCAGCACAUCAUCGUGCAGGUCAUUCUCUAUCCCAGAACAUUCUGCACAAUGGGGGUGUACGGCCUGACGAGCUAUGUUGAAGGAAAUCGGCAGUUCUUCACAGAGCUAAGGCUGAGGAACACCCAUCUUGUGAUUGAUGGCUGCAGCCUCUUUUUCCGUCUGUACUUUACCACUGGCUUGGACCAGAAGAGGGGAGGAGACUACGAUGCUUUUGCUAAUGUAGUCCGUCGUUUUUUUGCCGCUCUGUUUUCAUGCAGCGUGAGUCCAUAUGUGGUUUUAGAUGGUGGAAUGGACGAGACAGAUAAGAAGUUCAAAACUAUACGUGAGCGAGCUCAGAGUAAAAUACACGAUGCCCACAACCUGUCCCGAGGGUCUCAUGGCAGCGUUCUUCCCCUGCUUACACGUGAAGUCUUCAGACAGGUCAUCUGUGAGCUUGGUGUACCAUUGGUGCAGUGUAUCUCUGAAGCUGACUCUGAGAUCGCCUCCCUCGCACAUCAGUGGCGAUGUCCAGUCCUGACCAACGACAGUGACUUUUACAUCUUUGAUUUGUGUGGUGGCUUCCUGCCAAUGACUUACUUUGAGUGGGAAAAUGUUUGCAAUAAGGCUUCAGAGCCUUACAUUCCUGCACGUCGAUUCACUAUUAACCGCUUUUGCUCACACUUCAACCACAUGAACAAGCAGCUGCUGCCAUUGUUUGCUGUCAUCGCUGGUAAUGACUACACACAUGCAAAAACCACAGAGAUGUUCUUCAGCCGGGUGGAAUUACCAACAGUACCCAGACGGAGGGGAAGUCAAUCUAAUGCCCGGAUUGAAGGCUUUUUGUUCUGGCUGUCAGAGUUUGCCAACCCCGUGUCUGCACUGGAGGAAGUGUUGGAGAUCCUGGGAGGCAAGCAGAAAGGCAACCUCCGGAAACAAAUCAUAGCAGGAAUUCAGGACUAUCAGCUUCCAUCUAUCAGCGGUCUGGCCCAGUUCUUUGCAAACCAUCAACUACAAACAUAUGAUCUGCAGAAGCUUCCGGCAGCAUUAAUGUCACAGCCAGAGUGGUUCUUGAAGCAGACCAUGUCAGGCAGAAUGCCCCCUCUGGUGCUGGAUAUUCUGGUGCAUAAGAGAGCCAUUUUGAUAGCUCAGGUAGAGAAUAGUCGUCUGCCUAGUAGCCAUGAAGCCUCACUGAAAAUUCGCAAGACGAUCUAUGGCCUUCUCCUUCUCAGGAAUGUGAUGCAGGGUAAUGCUGGUUGUGGACAGAGGGGUAGAGGACGGGGUGGCAUGAAGAAGGGAGCAUUGACUGAUUCUCAAAGUUUAGGUGCCUUGUAUGUUGUGGAGGAGUAUGACAGGCUUGAGCUCAGUCUAAGGAGAACCACAGUGGAGGCUCAGCUAUCUUCACAGCUUCCACAGCUGAGCCUGAACACUUUAGAGCAGGUGGCCAUAUCUGUGAGACGCAGGGUGUUGUUAGGAACUCUGGGAGUGAUGGAGCAGGAGCUGCAGCAUGUUGAACCACAUCUCCACCUGCCUGUGUGUGUGACGUAUUUUUGGGUCCAUUCCUCCAAACCAAAGCCCAGCCAUUCACUGCUCCAGUGUAUGCUUCUAGGGCUAGUGUAUGGUGAACUCUGCAGAAACAGGUCCAAGUUUGGAGAUCCAAUACAUGCUGCUGUUGCCAUUGUCUGCCAGAGAUUAGACCAACUGAGAAUGAACCCCAAUCAAAGGAGGAGUGUAGACUUGGGCGUGGCUCAUUCUCUUAGCCAAUGGCAGUCUUGUAUGUGGGCUGGGAUAUGCCUGAACCAACUGAUGUGUUUCCCAGUCCCUGAGCCUCAUUGUGCCUGGUACUGUACCAUCACUUACAGACAGGAAACGGCUUACAGGCUCAUUUUAGCUGUUCAGUGGUACUUUGCUGCACGGUUUAGAGGCUGUACUAAGAACAGGUCAGCAGGCUGAGUCCUUGUUAGCUGCUGCUCCUGUUGCUUUGCAGCUUUAUUCCACCCUGUUUGGGGUCAUACAGGGGUUUGAGUUCCACCACCACCCGUCUGCCCAGCACAUUGCACCAUAUCCAGCAACAGCAGGACCCAGCAGGCAGAGAGGGCAGGGCGGAAGGCAGCGAGGUGCUGGUGGUCGAGGGAGGCACAGCAGACGCCGGGGGGGUGGGGCUGCUGCUGCUGAUUUGAAUAACAAGUUUGGUAUGCUCACCUGUGAGGAUGAGUCAGAUGAAGAAUGAGGAUGAGGAAUGAAAAGUAGAUUAAGGAGACCUUUAAUGAAAGUCCAUUUCCGAAUUAAUUCAUUCCAGUUAUUUUAUUCAGAUUUCUAGAUUAUAUCUCAAUGAAAUAGUUCUAUUCAUUCAUACACUUAAUGCAACUGUGCUCUUGCCUUGUUUCUUACAGAGCAGGUGUCUGUGUGCUUUAUAAAAAACUACCAAAGAAACUACAGUAAUCUCUUCAAGAUGUAUUAUAUAGUGCAUUAUUUUUUAAGCUUUUUUUUUUUUUUAAACUUUUUUAUUCUAUAGACUAUAACACAAUGAAAUUAAAUGCCUUGUUUAUUUUUCUUGCCAUGAAGUAAAUGUUGGGGAUGAAGGACUGAUGAUACGGUAACACUGGAGGAUAACAGUGCUGUUUACUCUUCAGUGUGCAAAUAUUGUGCUAAUAUUCCCUGUUGUACAAUAUUCAUUGUGAGAAGAGCAUGGCCUAUUUGCUCGGUGUCUUGUCUCAGUGGAUCACAGCAGGUUUCGUUUGUUUAAGAAGAAAUAAAUGGGAUGAUUUUAGCUUCUAGUCCUGAUGGAGUUUCAGUUGAAAGUGUUUGAAACCCAACACUGUAUACUAAAUCCACAGAAUUAACGUCUAUAAAUUUACAGCUGUAUAUUAAUUCCAUCCAUGUGUUAGUAAGAGUAUUUCACUCAAUCAACUUUUAUAAAUGUUUCACCAUUAAAUCAAUAUUCUUGUAAUCUUAUGGACUGAGUGGCUGAAUGGAGAACUGUGUGAAGGUGUUUCUCAUUAACUUGCCUGAAUCUGAACAGUUAAGAUGGGAGUACAUGUGAGAUAAGUGUAAGUGUGAAAGUUCCAUUAAACUCCAUAACAAGG